GUCUGUGCAAGCCCAGUGCCCCAAUCCCGGAGAGAGUCGGAUUAACAGAGGUCCCAAUUUCUGCCCCAACCCCCCACCCCGCUCAGGAGGCAGCCUCUGCCUCCACCCUUCAGAGGCAGGAGAGGGCAUCUCUGCACUUCUGAAAGGGAAGGGUGGUAAGAACUAUAUCGCCACACUGGGACGACCAGUACGGCCAUACCUGUAGCUCCUGGGGUCCCACUGGGUUUGAGGGGUGACUUUUCACCUUUUUGGAGGAAAAGAUGUGUUGGAAGACAUUGCUGCUUCUGCUGUUGUGUUACGAUGCUCAGGCUACCGUGUCCCACAGGUGGAGCAGGGCCGUGCUUUUCCCUGCUGCCCAUCGGCCAAAGAGGUCCUCGUCCGUGCCGGCGAACCCUGUCCUGCAGACAUCCCUGGAGGAGGUAGAACUGCUCUACGAGUUCCUGCUGGCCAAACUGGAGAUCAGCCCUGACCUGAAGAUCUCCAUCAAGGACGAGGAGCUCGCCUCCUUGCGCAAGGCCUCUGACUUCCACACCGUCUGCAAUGAAGUGAUCCCCAAGAGCAUCCCAGACAUCCGCCGGCUGAGUGCCAGCCUCUCCAGCCACCCUGGCAUCCUCAAGAAAGAGGACUUUGAAAGGACAGCGCUCACCCUGGCCUACACAGCCUACCGCACAGCCCUGGCCCAGGGUCAUCAGAAGGACAUCUGGGCCCAGGCCCUCCUUAGCCUCUUCCAGGCCCUGAGGCACGACUUGAUGCGGUCCUCAGGCGCCAGAGUGUCUCCCUGAGAGAUGCCACACCAGGACCACCGAGCAGGGACCAGCACAUGCAGUAAUGCAGAAAUUCUUCAUUCUCUACUCCAUUUACAGACACCAGCUACAAAACACAUACCACCAACUCAGAGCAGCAGAGAUAAAAUAAGCAACCCGAUGCCCUUUGCCCCUUGUAGCUUCCUGACAAGCACACCUGACUCCUGUCACAAGGUGACCUGGGCUAGAGUGAUAAUUCCAGAUGCCUCCAGAGGCCAAAGAGUUUAUCUGGCGACAUGCAGGAGUCUGAGGUAUGCUCCAACACUGAGUGACUGCCACAAACACCCUAGUGUGAGGACAGAGCCAGAGGAGACAUCAGAGAGGUUUGGGAACAGGGGGAAGAUGGAGACAGAUUUCUUUGGUCCUCAAAGAUCAGGGUGCCAGGUUGAACAUCUUCCCAAAGGUUCUAUAGUAAGAUACAAAGAAACUAGAGCUGUAGCCAAAUAAAUACAUUGUUAGCCAAGGAUAGACUUCCCAAAAGCCACCAAGAAGAAUCAGUUAGAAAAUCAGCAAUUUCGUAACCUAUGUGUCUUGACUCUUCUUUUCUGAAGGCUGGUCUAACACAGAGAAGAAACAUGAAGGGGGCCUUCAGAAGUGCUACAGUCAUGCCUUGUCUUUUGAACAGAGAAACCACGCUAAUUCAGAGAAGGUCAUCGUAGUGAACAGGUGGCACCAGCAGCCACGCUCAUCUAUCCUCAUGCUAAAACUAUUUAGCAUCAUCAGAGGUUUAAGUGCUCCACAUAAAAAUGAGUUUCAGGUGACAGAAUUUUACCCUUUCAAAUGACAAAACUUCCAUUUUAGCAAUAUUGAUAUCUUUUUAAACUAUAUAUAUGAAACCCCUUAAGCUUCUAUUUAGUAUCUUUGCAACAUUCUAAUGAAGGAGUCAGAGGAGAUAAUCUCUAAGAUUCCUCUACUUCUGAAAUUUUCACAAUCCUUUAACUAACUAUGAGAUAUCACGGGGAGGUCACCUGGUCCUGAGAGGUGUGCUGGACUAUUUGUACCAACCCUGAAAGAUCCCAAGCUAAA